CAGUUGUCUACGAGCCAAAUAGAUUGAGCUCAUGACAAUUAUUCUAAGCUGAAUUGGAUUCAUGCUAGAGCAAACAAUAGUCGCCAUGAGUGGUGGGUGGAGACUUCAAUGUUGUGAGAUUCUCUUUUCAAGAAUCAAGUGGCAACCAUAUAACCAGAAGCAUGGGGAAUUUCUCAAAAUGGAUAGUCUAUAACAACAUGGUAGAUUUACCAAUGGGCGAAGUAAAAUUCACGUGAUCUAAUGGUCAGACUAGGGCAGUUAAGUUGAAGCUGGAUUGAUUUUUGCUCUCAACGGAUUGGGUUGAAAAGUUUCCUUUAGUUUUUCAAAGAGUUCUGUUUAGGCUAAUAUCCGAUCAUUGCCCGAUCUUUUUAGAGAUGAAAGAUGAGGAUUGGGGCUUGCGUCCUUUUAUGUUCGAGCUUGCUUCCUUAGUGGUGUAGGGUUUCUCGGAUAAGGUGUAAGUAUGUGGGUCUUCUUUCUUAGUUUGGGGUGGGGCCGGUCUCUCUUUUCCAGAAAUUAAAUUUGCUUAAGGGAAAGAUGUGGUGACGUUUGGGAUACUUAUCGAUUGUCUUUGCAAGUUUGGGAAUAACAGAAUGACACUUGGGUUGCUCUGGGAAAUGGAGAAGGGUGCGGGUAAAUGUAGGCCUAACCUUACGGUUUAUACUUCAAUCAUCGAUAGUCUACGCAAAGAUGGGCUCACAAAGGAGGCCCUUAACCUCUUCUCAGAAAUGGUUGGUAAAGGGAUUCGGCCGGAUGUUUUCACUUACAGUUCUUUAAUUCAUGGACUAUGCAAUUUAGGGCAGUGGAAAGAAGUAAUGAUUCUGUUUGAGGAAAUGUUGGAUGGAGGAAUCUCUCCUAAUGUGACAACCUUCAACAUACUGGUGAAUGCUCUUUGCAAAGAAGGAAUGAUUAAAGAAGCCUAUGGAUUACUAGAAUUGAUGACCCAGAGAGGUGAGGAGCCUAAUGUAAUCACGUACAAUGCAUUGAUGGAUGGCUACUGUUUUACUGGCCAAAUGGAUGCUGCCUUAAAGAUAUUUGAUAACAUGGUGUCUAAAGGCCAUAAGCCUAGUGUCGUGACUUGCAACAUCUUAAUCGAUGGAUAUUGCAAGAAUCAGAUGGUGGACGAGGCUAUGCAGCUUUUCCGAGAAAUGCCUUGCAAGGGAUUGGAGCCUAAUGUUGUUACUUACAGUACUCUUAUAUGUGGGUUGUGCCAGGUACAGAGAGUUGUGGCUGCACAAGAGCUCUUCAAUGAGAUGCAAACUCAUGGACAAUGUCCGAAUGUCCUCACAUACACCAUUCUGAUGGACAGGCUGUGUAAAAAUGAGUGUCCUGUUGAGGCAAUGAAACUACUCAAUGAGAUGGAAAUUAGAGGAAUUAAACCAAAUAAUGCAGUGUUCGAUGUCCUUAUCAAUGGGAUGUGCGAAGCUAAGGAACUCAAAUAUGUGAAGGAGCUUUUCAGUUGGGCCUCUGCCAAGGGCUUGGGGAAUAAUGUUAGAACAUAUAACACAUUAAUCAAUGGGCUCUGUAAAGAAGGGCUUAUGGAGGAAGUUAAUGGAUUGUUCUUGCAAAUGGAAGAGAAGGGUUGCCAACCAGAUAGUGUCACCUUCAAUGCUUUAAUUAGGGGUUUUCUACAAAACAAUGAGACCGUCAAGGGAAUGCAACUUCUUGGUGAAAUGGCUAAAAGACAUUUUUCUGUGGAUGCAUCCACUACAUCUAUGUUAGUGGGCUUGCUCAUAGAGGGUGAAAAAGGUCAAGAAUACCUUGGAAUGCUUAAUAAAUUUGUCCCCUAGGGCGAAGGAGAGGUGAUUUGUUGAACUCCAAUUGAACAUCAGCUCAUUUUACUUGCUGUAAUGAAUGUUGCUGCUGGUCGUCCGAUAUCUUCUUCAAAGCUUUCCUACAUGCUGCACUUUGUAAGAAUAUCUAUAUGCAUCUUCCAAUAUCUUCUUGAAAGCUUUCCUGCACGCGACAUUAUGUGAAGACAUCUAAAUGGUCAGUGAGAACUGCACAAGUUGCUUCAUUCCAAAUUUAGGCAAUAUUCCGUGAAAUAACCCAAUUACUCAUUCAUUAGUUUUCUAGCUCUAAUUUGUAGAUUUUUUUAGACAAAUUAAUUAAGAUAUUUCCUUUAUAAAAAAAAAAACAUUUUUGUUGGCGGCCUCAUCUUACUAGAAUUAGCGAUGUAACCCUUGCUCCAUCGAUAAUUCAAAAACUUAACUCGACUUAACUCUACUCAAUAUCUAGCUGGGUCAGGUCAACCCGAAGACUCAACGAGUCUUUAGUUGACUUGACUCGAUAUUUAAGUUUAGAAGUAUCCAGCCUAUGUGGUAUAUUUGAAAAUAACAUAGUUUUUAAAUACUCUCAUUCAAACACAAAUACGUGUCAUAGCACACUGGUAGUGCACUUGCUUGUGAGACGC